AUGGCGCAGGCAGCGGAUCAGAUCACUGAACUCAAUGUAACUCAAACAGCUACCAAACCUCGUAGGUGGUGGCAUCGCGAAAGUUAUUGGGUGCUAUCUUGUUCAAUUUUCUUUGCCUUUCUGCUCCCAGCUUUGUACGGCACACUGUUAAAGUUGUGGAUUGCAAACAUCGAUGCAUCCCGCGUGGUUACAACCGACGUCUACACAUAUAUCGGAACUGUGGCCGAGGUACUGAAUGAAGGUCUGCCACGGGCUGCCUGGGUUAUUAUCGGAGACAAAUCCUCGCGCAGUCUGGACUCUCGGUUCGGCUUGGCGUACACCUUGAUCGCGUUUCAGUCUGUUCUCGGUUGCAUCAUGAGCAUUGUUUUUGUGGCCGCAGCACAGAACUUCGCGAAUGCGUUUGUCCCAGUGGAAGUACGGCAAUCCAGCUUGACCUAUGUCAUAUUCUAUGGCGUUUCAGCUCAGCUAGCCACCAUUCUUCUUGCAACUCGUCCUAAAUGGAAUCUUUAUCAAUCCUUCGUCUCAAAUUUUGCCUUGGUGUUUGGUGGAAGUCUCGUUUUCAGCUUCUUUGAUAUCCUGCUUGUCCUUAUGCUGUGGGCCUGGAGAUUACCCAAAGCCAAGAUGCAUUUGGAAGUGUUCCACGACAGUUAG